AUGUAUUCUCGUUUCGUAUUUCGAUCAAUUCAAGGUUCUACACCAUCGUUGAUUUUCAAUCGUUUUCUUUCGUUAACUCAAGUACAAUUAUCAGCAGCAGCAAAAUUAAAAGAAAAAACAUCAACUGCAACAAAACCUGAAAAACCUGCUGCUAACACGGAAAAACCAUCGACUCCAUCACCAACAAAAACGACUAAUAUAUCAUCAGACGAUACAAAACCAAUUCCACCGCCAACAUCAGGUACAAAUGAUCCCAAUAAAACUUAUUCGGAAAAAAUUCAUCGACUUGUUGAUGAAAUAAGUAAAUUAUCAUUAGUUGAUGUUAUGGAUUUGAAUGAAUUAUUAAAAAAAAAAGAAGAAGACGAAGAAGAAAGUGCACGACCAACAGCACAAUCGGUAUUUAAAGUACGUUUGAUUAAAUUCGAUGAAACGAAGAAAGUCCCGGUUAUCAAACAAGUAAAAGAUGUUGUUGAGAAUAUUAAUCUUGUUCAAGCAAAAAAACUAGUUGAAUCAAUUCCUCAAGUUCUUCGAGAUAAUUUAAGCAAAGCUGAUGCUGAAACAAUGAAAGCUAAAAUUGAAGCUGCUGGUGGUGUGUGUGUUGUUGAGUGA